CCCCGGUGUCUGAGCGGCUGUGUCGGGGUGCCUCCUCUCAGUGCUCGGUCUCUGCGGACGGAUCAAGAUGUCGGACCCCUGCUCCUUCUCCUCCUUCUCCACCUGCCUCACCAAACACCUGAACCUGCAGCUACACGUGGACUUCGACAUACACGUGAUCAGAGGGAAGGUCCAGCUCACCGUGGAGGCUCUGGAGGACCGCUUCUCCGUUCUGACUUUGGACAGCAGGGACCUGAACAUCUCGUCGGUGUCGGUCAACCAGCAGUUGGCCUGCUUCACGCUGGGCCCCAAACACAGCUUCAAGGGGACCCCGCUGGUCAUCACGCUGCCCUUUGACCUCUCCAGGGGCCAGCAGGUGAUCGUGGAGGUGACCUAUGAGACGUCUCCAUCUGCGUCUGCGCUGCAGUGGCUCACGCCUGAGCAGACAGCGGGGAAGAAACAGCCCUACCUGUUCAGCCAGUGCCAGGCUCAUCACUGCAGGAGCAUGGUUCCCUGUCAGGACACGCCAUCCAUCAAACACACCUACUAUGCACAGGUGUCUGUCCCGAAGCAGCUGGUGGCGGUGAUGAGUGCGGUGAGGGAUGGACAGGAAGUGGAUCCUCAGGACGGCGGUCGGAUCGUCUACAGGUUCCGACAGCCGGUGGCCAUGCCGUCCUACCUGAUAGCCAUUGUGGUGGGAGCUCUGGAGAGCAGGGAGAUCGGUCCCAGGUCCAGAGUCUGGUCUGAGAAGGAGUUUGUGGACAAGGCGGCAUCCGAGUUCUCUGAGACGGAGACCAUGCUGAAGACGGCCGAGGACCUGGCCGGCCCGUACGUCUGGGGUCAGUACGACGUCCUGGUUCUGCCGCCCUCCUUCCCCUACGGUGGCAUGGAGAACCCCUGCCUCACCUUCGCCACGCCCACUGUGCUGGCUGGAGACAAAUCCCUGUCUGGAGUGAUCGCUCAUGAGAUCUCCCACAGCUGGACCGGAAACCUGGUGACCAACAGAACCUGGGAACACUUCUGGUUGAACGAGGGUCACACCGUCUACCUGGAGAGGAUGAUCAACAGGCGUUUGGAGGGGGAGCAGUUCAGGCAGUUUAAAGCCAUAGGAGGCUGGAAGGACCUGCAGGACUCGGUGAACACCUUUGGAGCAAACAACCCUCUGACCAACCUGGUGCCCAGCCUGCAGGAGGUCGAUCCUGACGACGCCUUUUCCUGUGUGCCCUACGAGAAAGGCUUCGCUCUGCUGUACCACCUAGAGGAGCUGAUGGGGGGGCCAGAGGUCUUCAUGGGUUUCGUGAAGUCCUACAUCCAGCGAUUCGCCUACAGCAGUGUCACCACUGAUGACUGGAAGAAAUACCUGUUCACCUACUUUAAGGACAAGGUGGACAUCCUGAACAAGGUGGACUGGAACGGCUGGAUGUUCACUCCUGGGAUGCCGCCGGUCAAACCUCAGUAUGACACCACGCUGGCAGACGCCUGCAUCGCUCUGACUCAGAGGUGGAUCAAGGCCAAAGACCAGGACCUGAAUGUCUUCAGCCAGUCAGACGUGAAGACACUGUCGUCCCACCAGCUCAUAGAGUUCCUUUCUCUGCUGCUGCUGCAGGAGAAGCCCCUCCCUCUGUCUCAUGUGAAGAAGAUGCAGGACGUCUAUGAUCUCAACGCCUCCACCAACUCAGAGAUCCGCUUCAGGUGGCUGCGGCUGUGUGUCCGCUCUCAGUGGGAGGAGGCGGUUCCUCUGGCUCUGAAGAUGGCGACGGAGCAGGGCAGGAUGAAGUUCACCCGGCCGCUCUUCAGGGAGGUUUUUAACUUUGGGAAUUACCGUGAGGAAGCCGUGCGCGUGUUCAUGGCUCACCGCGCCGCCAUGCACCCGGUGACCUCCGGCCUGGUGGCCAAGGACCUGAAGGUGGACACCAGCAGCACUGGAGACCGCUGAGUCCCGCCCGGUUCCGACCCGGUUCUGAACCUGCAGUAUUAAACCACAGAACCAGAAGCUUGUUGGACCAGAUCAGGUUUUUAUAAAGAUCUCUGAGCUCA